UCACUAAAUUAUAUUUUAUACUUACAACUUACAAUUUUCUUCGCGUUUAUAAAUAAAACAAUUAAACGAGAAGGAAAACGAUAAAUUAAACACAAACUUGACUCGUUUUACCAAAAAAUCGCCCAUUUAUAAAAAUAAUUUCUCUUGUGAAAAAUCCGGUUCAAUUUUUACUUAUUAGUUAAAAUUCAAAAAUCUUUCGCACCGACGAUAUUUCAUAGGCCAUUUACUAAUAUAUUUUUCUACAUAGAAAAGUUACUUUUUUAAUAAUCAUAAAAAUUCAUACAAAUAUACAUAAAUCAAUAUUUUACCACCAUGUCAGCGCACAAUUUGAAAGCAAAUACAGAAAGUAAUUGGUUUACAAAUGGAUGCCUUUGAUAUACAGUGUUUCAAUAUUAUGACAAAGGCAAAUACCUCAACAUUAUACCAAAUGUGUAUUUAUUGUCCUAAUUAAUAAUAGAAAUAAAAAUAUCUCAUAAAAUCUUUAAUACAACAAGCUGAGUGUCAGAUUAGUUACACAUUCCAGUACAAAUCAGUGAUUGUUUGAAAACUUAUUUUUCCCACUGAGAAAACAAAUAUUUCAUUCAGUAUCCAAACAAACUCUUGACAGUGCUACAAUUAUUCUAACCACGUCUCCUGUCCAGCAAAUCAAUACUUGAAAUCUAAUGCGCAGGAGGUGUAAAUCCAUUGUAAUGAUUAGUUUUUGCUUUUUGCAAGUCUUCAAAUUUUAAAAUAUGUCUCCUUCACAACAGAUUGAAUCUACCACCCACUCUGUUCAUUUUAUCUUGAACCAGUUCGAUGGGAUCCACUAUACAAUUAGCUUCAAACUAGUUGCUAGUCAUAAUUCCAUUAUCAACUCAAUUAUUGACUAUAGACAUGUAGUGAAAACUAAUUCUAACUAGAUAAAACCUAUUCGUCAUGUAAGUUACUUAAUUUAGCAAAGUAAAUAGCCCAUGAAAAAAUGAUGUAAGGAUACAUAUCAAUUCUAAGAAUUAUUGACUAAAUGUACAAAAUUGGGAUUCGGAAAACAUGUACACUUCUGGCAUAAUAGAAAUAGUUAAAAUACAGGUAUCUUUAUAUAACAUAUAUACUUAAAUCGGUGAUAUAACGUUAAUUCUACCUAGAAGAAAAAUAUACUAUUCUCUAAUUAUCGAAAAAUUUUCAAUAAAUAAAAAUAAAAAAGCAUAUCUUUUCAACACUUCCAAAGAAUAACAUCACAAAAUCAGUGGAGAAAGAGAAGCUGCGAAAAAAAAAAUAGUUAUUGGGCGACAGUUACGGUAUUACAGUAGAAGUCCAUUAGUCCGGCAUGCCCGAUAGUCCGGCAUCGCUCCGGAAAAUUGUAAAAAUUUUGGUUUUCUCCAAAAGUGUGUCUUUAAGGCCUAGACCGCACUACGGUUAAACCGAUUUUAAAACUGUGAUUUGCUACAAAAUGCUCGCGGGUAAAAACCGCUGCAAAAUUUGUAAUCUAUAGAUCUUGGUUGACGCGCACGCACUGGCGUAAACGCAGGCGGUUUUUUGGUCAGUAUUCGGUAGACCGUCUUGCAGAGCAGAACGUUGGCGCGCAAUUUCAACCAUGUCAUCCAUCGAGUCGGAGUCUGUAGAACCAGAAUAUGAAAGUUUAUCUCAAAAAAUCAUCGUGGAAGUGCAGAAAAGACCAGCUUUGUACGACACUUCUUUGCGUCAAUAUAGCGAUAGAAAUAUCAAAAAUAAACUUUGGGAGGAAGUGUUCCAACACGUAGUAAAUAAUUGGAUGACUGUCGGAGGCUGAGAGAAGAAAAAAGGUAAGUUUAUUUUAUUAGUGUUUAUUUAUUUCAAGAUUAUAUGUAUAUGUAUAUAAAUAUUUAAAAACUCAAACUGUUGUCGAACUCUUAAGAUCGAAAGCGACUUAGUAGGUACGAAAUGAGGCGUAGAAUUCCAAAACCAGCCAAGUCCAAUUCGAAGAUUUUUUUUUAUUUAUUUUUUUUUAAUAGUUUUUCUAUUAGAUUAUCAUUAGGUGGAAGGAUUUCUUCCAAAAGCGGUUAAAUCAUAUUGAAAAUUGCCCUACAAAAAUAAGGUCUGUUCCAAAUCCAGCCAGAUCCAGAACCAAACUUUGCCUCGUGUCCCUGAUCAAAGUGCCUAUUACAGCCGACAAUUUUACAAUAGUUCAGGGAAGCUCAAGGGACAAGCAAACGAAACAAAAUGUUUUUAUAUAUCAUUGGGAUGAAGUUGAACACCGGAAAAGCUCCAAUGAAAUUGCUUCCGCGGUAUAUGACUACCUUGUCAAUUUUUCAAAUAUUCAUGAUCCACAUGUGAGUACGGUUAAAAUUUUUUGUGAUGGUUGUGGGGGACAAAAUAAAAAUUCUGUUCUAAUCGGAAUGCUAUCCUUUUGGCUACUGAUGAUAGCCAACCACAAUGUAAAAGAGGUAGAGAUCGUAUUCCCUGUAGUAGGACAUUCGUUUUUACCGUCCGACCGUGUAUUUGGUAGGCUCGAAAAAGAAAUCAAACAAAAAAGUGUAAUAAUAGAUCCUGAGGAGUACGUCAACAUUUUUUCAAACCAAGGAACCACGAUUAAUCUCAGCCCAAAAGUGUACGAUUGGAAGAAGGCUCUAUCCAACAACAUUAAGCCUCCUGGACAGUGGCAUUUUUCAUUUGCCAAAGCAAAAAGAUUUGUUUUACGGAGGAACAAGUCCCAUUCAAAUGUUUUGAUAAAGGGGGAAGCCUAUUAUAGAAAUGAUGUUGGUGUUUUCAAAGGUUUCACAAAAAAAACCAAAGUUUCCAAAACCUCGGUGAGAGAAUAGAGAGUAUUCCUCCGAAAAAUAGAUUAGUUUCAGAAUUGAAGAAAAUUGAUGUUGACAAUUUGUUAAAAAAACAUUAUGGACCAGACUGGGCAACUUUGCCGGAGCUGGAUUAUUAUAAAAAUGCGAUUCACCAAUAAUCAAUCACAAGAACAGAAAAUUUCUGAUGUAAUAAUUAAUAAUUUUGUAUACUAAAUUAAUAAAAACUUAUUUUUAUUUAUUAUUUGUUUAUGUUUGCAAUACCCAAUGUUCCAUAGCUAUGAAAUAUGGUGAAAAUAUAAAUUGCAAUAAAUAUAUGAGUUAAAAAAAUACAUAAUUAAAUAAAUAAUAUUUUUAUGGGUUUCCAAAAUCAGCUAACUCCAAAAAGAAUUUGGCUGCCAGGCUUAGGUAAAUUAAUUUUUUUUUCUCGAAAAUUUUGUAUUGCUGUUAGAGGACUGGUAUCUAAGUGGCAAAGAAAAAAAAGAAGAGAUAACAUCAGCUGUUCACUGAUAACACAAAAAUAUGUGACCUUUAUCAGCCAACUGUGAAAAAUUUUUAAAAAUGGACUUGGCUGGUUUUGGAAUUCUACGCCUCAAAUAUGAAUAGGUAUUUCCAACUAACAAUGCAAGUCGUGUUUUUGCAAAAAUAAAAUAGUCAUUUUCGUUUUUCGGGUGGGAUAUUUUUAAAUACUUUCAUAUUGCCAACUCAAUGCGCCCGAAGGAGAUGUAAAAUAAUCAGCAUAUAAGUUUCUUAUAUCCAUAGCAUUAUUGCUAGAACGCGCACGGAUUGAAGGAAUGCGCUGCAACACUGAAUCUUGAGAAGAGUCACUUAAAGCUGUUUGCCAUCAUGUUGUCUUACAAAAUUGUGCAAUAUGCAACAAGCUUUAAUAAUGUGGUCGCAAAAAUCUAAUUUUACGUCUAAUGGUCUGUGCAUAAUACGCCAUUUAUUUUCCAUAAUUCCAAAUGCACAUUCCACAGUCCUUCUGGCAUAGGAUAAUCUAUAGUUAUAAACUCUUUCUUUUAUGGAUAAAUUUUUAUUUGGAUAUGGCCUCAUUAAGUGUUCUGAAAGUGGGAAAGCUUCAUCGCCUACGAAAACAAACAGAAGUGGGCCGGCUUCCUCAUAAUUAGGUAAUGUUGCAGAUACUGGUAAAUGCAUUUGAUUGUUCAAAAAUCUUUUGCCAAAAUUCGAGUUUUUGAUUACGCUUGAGUCACUAUUCGAUUCAUAUGCUCCAACAUCUAUAGCAGAAAAGCAAUAGUCCGCAUCAGCAAUAGCUAAUAGUAUUAAAGAAUAAAAUUUUUUAUAAUUGAAAGCUUCUGAUCCAAUAUUUUCUGGCAUUUCUAUUCGUACAUGUUUUCCAUCUAUGGAACCAAGGCAAUUAGGAAAAUAUGUUCUUUCAAAAAAAAAGUUUUGCUAUAUCUUCUUCGGUUUUUUCAGGCAUAUAUGUAGGUUGCAAACAUAUCCACAAACACUUGCAUGUGUGUUCAAUUAUUUCACUUAGUGUUGUUGUACCAAUCAAAUAUUCAAAAUACAGCGACUUCAUACUGUUUCCACUAGCAAGAUACCUGAAAAAAAAUCUAUUAAUAUAUUUCAUUUUUAUUACAGGCAGUACAAUACAAAAGAAAUGGAAGGAUAUGCGCGAUUGCUUUGCUAAAGAAUUAGCUAUGCAACGUGAGAAAUCUGGUCAAGGUGCUAUAAAAAAGAAGAAAUAUGUUCAUUUUGAUUCUCUGUUAUUUUUGUUACCAUCUUUACAAAAAAGGGAAACGAGCGGCAAUAUUCCAUCUCCUUCACAAGAUGAUCCUAAUGCUGACGAAAUCGAAAAUCUUCAGCCUACGAAUAAUAAUCGGACCACGUCCUCUAAGAAGGCUUCCAAAAGUCAAAAUAAUAAUGAUGAUUAUGAACAAAAAUUAUUAAAUUCUUUAAAUACACAUCAGAAUACGUGCGAAUAUGAUGAAGACAUAAACUUUUCACAAAUGAUUGUACCAAUGUUACGCAAACUUAAUGAUGAUCAAAAACAUUUUGCUAAUAUAGAAAUUAUAAAUAUUUUGCAGAAAGCCAAAUCUUUCUGUCCAUCCGAAACACCAAUUUAUUAUUCAGGAUCAAGGUCACAUAUGUUAUUUACGCCUACGCCGUCUCCGCAACCAUAUCACACAUAUUCCCCUUCUUCAUCUCCAACCAUGCUGAUACAAUCGCCAGCUUCAACAUCAGUGCCGUCCGCACAUUCAAUAACAAAUAGAUCAAGAUCACAUGUGUCAUCAACGCCAACGCCAUCUCCGCAAUCAUAUACAUAUUCCCCUUCUCCAUCUCCAACCUUACCGAUACAGUCAUUAAUUUCAAUACCGGUGCCGGCUAUUUCCUCAGCAAGAAAAAAGCCAUAGAUCAUCCAACAAGAGAUAAUAUCGACUGGGCAACAGACAUAUGCACAGAUUGUUGAAGGACCUACAACACAAACUAUCUAUUUGCCGCUUACUUCUGCCCCACCAACAUCACAAGCACACGUGAAUUCCUUUCAACAACUUAGUUAGCCACAAUAUGUACAAAUUAAUGAACAAGAAAUUUCAGUUGCCAAUUAUCUGUCGCAAUUUCAGGAACAAUAAUUUUGUUAUGUUUUUUUAAUAAUAAAAAUACCUAAAGUACAUUAGAAAUGUCUAUUUUUCUCACUUACCUCAAAGUAACAGACAGGCGCUACUCUGGUGAAAUACAUUUGCGAAAUUUUGUAUCCAUGAAGGUGAUGUACGGACACACAAUUUGUAAAAUCUUAUCGAACUUGGCUACUGACAUCCUAUAGUAAUUAAAAAAUUUAUCAGGAUGGUCUCUUAAGCUUUGAUACUUCUUAUGAAAGACACCUUUCUCAAAUCUACGCCCAGUAAGUGGAAGGAUCCAAUAUUUUCGAAAUUUGCGUUGACGUCUUCUUUUUCUAUUUCUUAUUAUCAGAGCAACAACACAUACUGCUACCUUGAAAUCCAUCUUCAAACUGCGGGUCGUUUAGCGAUUUUUUAUCGUGGUGUGUGCGUCUCAAGCGGUUUCGCGGUUGUAGCGAUUAACCGCUUGCUGAAAAAGAUCGUAGUGCGGCCUCAGCCUAAAGCAAAUAAAACCGCUCGAGAGCUAUUCGAAAGUUUUCGGGGUAGUUCGAGAUCAUCCGGAAGCGCUCGGUAUUGUUCGGAAACAAUUAGCAUCCGGCUAGUCUCAGCUGUCACAACAAAUUCAGGUGCAGUGCGGCUCCGUUAAUCAAUCACGAAGCGACUUCGCCAUUUUUUUGUGCGUUGUUGUUUUGUGUCCUUUCACAUCGCAGUAAAAGUAACUUUUGAAACUGUUUAUAAAAAAAGUGAUUUUCGUUCAAACUGUACAGUGACCAUGUUUUCAAAACCUAAGCCUUCGAGUUCAAAAGGAGAGAAAAGAAAACACGUAACACUGACUCUCAAUCAGAAACUAUAAAUCAUCAAACCGCUAGAAAAACGCGAGAAUAGAAACGUUUUAAUGAAUGAGUUUAAUAUUGGCUCAUCAACUAUUUUUGACAUUAAAACACAACAAGAUGAACUAAUGAAGUUUGCUUCUCAAUCGGUAACAACUGAAAAAUUGGCUUCUAGACAAACAUUAAAAAAAAACAAAGCUGAAACAGCUAGAUAGUGUAUUGUUCAAAUGGUUUAGUG